GUUUCCACGGUACGGUAGGAGUUUACGUACCGACCGACAGGCUGCGCUCAGAAAUGAACGCAGUGACAUAAACGAGCCCCAGGAACUACUCAAGUCAAACUCAAGAAACCUGCCACAUUGAGCAAUUCAAGAUGGUUUUAGAGUCUAUAUCCAGGAUAAUAAAAGUCCAGCUUCCAGCCUACCUCAAGAGGCUUCCGCUUCCGGAGACCAUCGGCGGGUUCGCGAGGUUGACAGUAUCUGAGUGGCUCCGGCUGCUGCCUCUCCUGGGGAUCCUGGCUCUGCUGGGCUAUCUGACCAUUCGCCCAUUCCUGCCUAAGAAGAAGAAGCAGAGAGACAGCCUGAUCAACCUGAAGAUCCAGAAAGAGAACCCCAAAGUGGUCAACGAGAUCGACAUCGAGGACCUGAACAGCGCAAACGUGUGUUACUGUCGCUGCUGGCGCUCCAAAACUUUUCCUGUUUGUGACAAGUCACACUUAAAGCACAACGAGCUGACCGGAGACAACGUGGGACCGCUCAUACUCAAAAAGAAGAUACUAUAAUUGCCCACUAAUGGGAGUUUCCCCCGCUCACCUCUCCAGUCUUUAGUUUUUGUUUGUUUGUAUAUUUCUUUUUUUUUUUUUUUUACACAAGUCUUGCCUUGGUGUCACGUCUAUGUUGUUUGAAAUGUGGACGACCAGAGUCUUUAUUUGAAGUGGUCCUAAUACACC